UACUGCUGAGUACUCCUAAAGGCACUGACAAUGGCCGUGAAUAGCACUUUCACGCCGAAGGCGUCCCUGACAGAGGCUCCCACCAACCUGAAGGAGGCCAUUGACUGGGUCCUGAGGGUAACUGGUAGGGAUGGUAAAGCAUUGAGUGAUGGAGAAUGCAUAUGUGGCCUGGCGGCGGCAGUGACUGACCUACUGCAGUCAGUAGAACUCGAGUACUAUGGUUAUGAGGGUGAUGUCAAAGAAGGCAUUACUGACAGUAGUGGCAACGACAAUCGCGCCAAUGCUGAAACAGUCAAAGGCCACCUUAAUGGACUCUUCUCCCUAGUCCAGGGACUAGGUGGCACUGCAGUGGUACGGACCUAUAUAGACCAGCUGGCACAGGUACUCAGUGCACUCGUUGGGUGGAGUAGGAUAGAGAAGUGUAAGAAUGGUGGGUGCGAGGGUGACAAGGCGAAAAAAUGUACAAGGGGUCGCAACAGUGGUCACAGCAAAUUCAGUUGUUGCUGCGGCACGGGUGAUACUCAUAAUCCUGGUAUAGAAUGUUGCAAAGGCACCAACUAUAAGAAUGGCGUCUGUGCCAAUGGCUGUUGCAGUCAUGGUGGCAAAGGCUGUAAGUAUAUAGAUGAAUUAGAAAAGAACUUGUGCAAUGAGUGUGAAUGUAUUAAGGGAGGCAGUAGUAGUCACCUGGGCAGGGGGUGUACAAAGUGUAAGGAUAGUGGUGAUCCUAAGCAUACGUGUAAGUGUGGUACUAGUGGUACCUGCAAGGGUCCUGACAAGUGUCAAUGCGCUAAAGAAGGCAAAUGCUGCAAGUGUUCUUGUAAGGAUUGUAGGGGGUGUAAGGAAAACGCAAAGUGUAGUUGCACCACCGAGAAGAGCAUUACGCUCAUCAGAACGACUUACGGAGAGGCUAGCAUGAAGAGCUAUAUGUCAUCAUACUCAAAUAACAAUUACCUAAAGAUAAAGAAUACUAUAACCACCUGGAAAGAUCUUAUUAGUAGUGCUUCUAAUCGCCACCAAUGUGCCCGUAUUUUCCUAGGGUCAGUAUGCCUCAUCUGGAGUGGCAUUACUUAUAUGUAUUGGACGGGCAAGUGGCAUGGGUCUAGUCCCCGAUGGAACAACCACAUCCUAGAUGGCAGUGGUCUAGAUGAUGGUACACUGUUCCAAUGGCUUCAGGCCUUAGGGUUCCCUAAGGAUAUGCUUAAUAACAGUGGCCCUGGAAAUAGGUUGGAUGGAAUUAUUAACGAUGAGGUUAUGGAAAAACUGUUUCUAGGGUUUAAGGAGCCUGACUACAAUAGUGCCAGGGACGGUUGGGGUAACACAGCCAGAAAUCCAACGAGUAUGAAUUAUCCUGGAUUUAUACAUACUGCACAUAGGGAUUCAUUUAACAAUGAAGCUAAAGUGUUCCCUAAUGGCACUGACACUAAUCAACACAAAAGGGGUGCUCUCUUCAAGCUCUACAUUCUAUCAUGUGCCUAUUUCACUGGAUUGCAGAAGAAGCCUAUUACUCAGAAUAGUACCCCUAAGAAUCCCAAGACAAUCCGGGAAAUCCUAUACUGGCUUAGUGCAUUGCCCUAUAGUAAGGCAUAUCCAAAGAUACUGAAGCACGGCAAGGAAAGGCUAGCAGAAGUACUCAAGAAGCCCGGAGACACUGCCCCUGUCUCCGACAACGAACAUAAAGAACUGAAGUUUUACCAAGAAAAACUUUGGGCUCCCAUUACCGUCCAUGAAUUCAACCUGUUUGCCCACUUCCAAGCAGUGACUCAGUACUGCCCGCUGGUCCUCAUAGGUAUCCAAGGAGGAUUACACAGUGCCACUAAAGGCACCAAGGAACCUCCUAUCCACUCCCUCUAUGCCAACACGGAGUGCAACUUCACCUAUCCCACUGUGUCCAUCCAAGCAUACAACCAGGUGGUCCACUACAUUAGGGCUCUAUUCUACCAGUUAUACUUCCUUAGGAAGCAAUGUGCUGUUAAAGUGGCUAUGGGAGGGAAAUGGCGUGAAUGUAGGUAUGGCAAGGAUGUGGUAUCCAAGGGGGUUAUUAGCUGGAUGUGCCUGGGGUGUGACCCCAUGGAACAUGAUAGGAAAAGUAGGGUAAAUAAGGUAAAGGAGGAGUUGAGAAAAGUAGUGCCCCAGGGGAAUUCAGGGGAUCUUCCAGAGGCAUUAAAGGACCUACUAGAGAAGAUUGGUGAAGUAGUGGUACAAUUGGGUAAUGCCCAGGAGAGGUUGGAUAGGGGAGAGAUUGAUCUAACAGGAGUGAGGAAAGCACUAAAUAAUGCAGUACCAGUGGAUAAUUGGACGAGGCCAUUCAGGACUGUACUAAAGAAGGUACUAGAUGAAUUGGUGAAGAAGAAGGUGAAGGAACUAGGGAAGGCGGGUGGACAAACGCAUGAUGGGCAGACAUCACAGGCAAUAAAUAAUGCUAAGAAGGCACUGGAGACGGCUGACAAGAAAAUAGAGAGUGGUGGUGCUGGUGUUGAUGGAUGUAAAAAUGCAGUGAGUGCCGCUAUCGAUGGGUUACACAAGGUAUUGGAAGCAUUGCUUCUAUUAAAGGAUACAUCGACAAGGCUCGACGGUCACAAAGAGGCACUUUUAAAAGCCAUUAAAGAACUCAUCUCCAUCUGCAACUCUCCCAAGUGCAGCGCAUGUGACCAACACUCUACCAAGUGCGGCCAAAAAGCAGAGUCCACUAUCUGUGAGAAGUGCCUCCAACCCACUACCACUGGUGUCCCCUCCCCCCUCCAGGCAUUCCUCGAGGACCGGUUACCAGGCUUUAGUUGUCAAGAGGUACCUGAGACCGAGAACCCAGACUAUCCGCUUGCUGCAUCCCACCUAUGGCACUGUAAUGGCUCUGGCCAGUGCUGCCCACUGCCAAUGGGUUUUAGAAAUAACUUCCAGGACGGUGUCACCAAUACUGGUCACCGCCUUUAUGGUCUACUGUACUUCUUCAGUAACGAGAACAUGAUGCAGUCGUGUGUUUAUGCAUUGGUGAGAGUAACUGCAGCACUCAGUGCCACGACACCACAGGUACUGGGUGAUGUCUUUGGGUUCUUUAGGGGGGGUGUAGGAGAGAAGGAACAAGGGAUGAUCAAGGACCAGAACAAGAAAUGUGAUCACAGUAAACCGGUCGCCGAGAAAAGGGAUGAGGACUACUUUUGCGGCUGGUGUGCCUCUGGGUUACGGGAUGUAGUGAAAGAGAUAGAGUGGAUUCCAAAGGGGGAUGGAACGGAUGGAGGGAAGUACAGGGAGACUGUCGGUAAAGCACUGAUAAAUAUUAAAGGUGAUAAGGACACCAGUGGUACCAAACAGACAGGCACUACCUCCCUCUCACGACUCACUGAGAACUGCCAGUACCUCUCUCCCCUAACCGGUGAACUCUAUACCGCAGUGAGUGCCACAUUCGGAGGAACAUACCUCUCAUGGGUACUGUAUCUAUCAGAUGCACUUGAAGGUGGAUUGAAGUCACUCUCUGAGGCAUUCCAACAGAUUGAAUGCCGGGGCUGUAGAGACUGUGACCCCAAUAAGUGCAAGAAGGGAGAACACGGACAGGGAAGUGGACAGUGUGGAUGCCAAUCAAUCGUAUCAUGUACCGGGGUGCUACCAGUAUUGUACAGACAUGGCUUCAGCUAUGGUAACCCAUUCAAUCUGGAGGGGUAUGAACAGAAAGAGGAGGAGGAUUUGCAGUUCGACAUAGUGAACAAACAUAAUCCUAGGCAUUGUCAUGAGUUCCUAGAUAGCCUGAAGAAGGUAAUAGAGAACGCUGAGAAAGACAAGCAGGACCCCUCUCAGCAGGACAAACACCCCCUCACCAAUCUCCUCACCCAGGUCGGCCAACUCCAAUACGACAUACGGCUCCCCUGGAUAUUUGUUCUGACCCUAGCCUGGCUAGUAGCGGUGCUCUACCUGGCCUUUGGUGCCCUAUGGCCACUGGACUGGACACAUAUGAGGUCACAUUGGCUAAGGGGUGGAGCACACCAGUGGCAAUGUAUGUGGUAUAAGGUGAUGACGGGGAGGAAAGGAAUGGAACUGGUGGAGUAUUUUGGUAAGGAAAGGAUGGGAGAAGUGAAAAAGGACAAUAGUACACUAAGGACAGUAUUGUUAUCCGGAGCAAAGGGUUGGGGUGCUGGGUAGUGCCACUGACCCCUGGGAAUAUAAGAUACAUUUGCCAUUGGAGUGCUAGAGGUCAAAUAC